AUGUCCGCCUCGAUCGAAAACCUCAAGUCCUUCGACCCCUUCGCCGAAGCCGAUGAAGACACCGGAGAGAUAAAGCAGUCGAACCAGAGCAGCUACAUCCACAUUCGUAUCCAGCGUACGUCUUGCCUCGCGGGGUAUGCUGACACAACCUCUUCAUCACAGNAGCGCAAUGGACGCAAGACCUUGACCACUGUUCAAGGACUCCCCAAGAAGUUCGACCAGAAGAAGAUCCUCAAGGUCAUCAAGAAGGCCUUUGCUUGCAAUGGCACCAUCGUGAGCGACACCGAGAUGGGUGAAGUCAUCCAGCUUCAAGGUGAUCAGAGAAAGGAUGUUCAGGAAUUCUUGUGUGACAAGAAGGAGGGCCUCGGUCUUGAUGCCAAGACCAUCAAGGUUCGUUUUGUGUCUCUCAAAUCCUUGUCUCUGUAG